AUUUUGACCACAGAUAUAAAAAAAAAUCCAAUUCUUGGAGUUGGUUGUGUCUUUCGAAUCUCACUUCGUCACCGGAAUCACUCUUAGCCUAUGGGUUUUUUUUGAUCAUUCUGAGGAAACAAGAACGAAAUUAGGGAAUUUAAUCUUUUGGUGUGUAAGGUUUUAAAUGGGCGUUGAAGCUGUGCCAACAUAUUUGAAAUCUGGAAAUAUGGACAUAAUUUCAACUCCGCCUGGUUUUGUAUCUCAAACCUCGUUUGUGCUGAAGAAUGUACGCCGAGAUGAAGAUAGUUCCAUGUCGGUGUCGAGACAAGAGCAGACAACUACAGAGGAGGAUAUGUUUCUUACAAACCGACCGUGGAUAGUGCAUGAUCAUACACUCCCCAGCUCAGAGGCCUCAAAGGCAAAACAACCUGAGGUACGGUUAAGACGGCGACUCAAAGUUUCAGAGACCGAAGUCCUUGAGGAAGGUCCUGUGUUUAACCCAACCGAGGAGGAAUUUGGUGACACACUCUCAUAUAUAGCAAGCUUGCGCGAAAGAGCUGAGCCGUAUGGAAUCUGUUGUGUUGUUCCUCCUCCUUCGUGGAAACCUCCAUGUCUUCUCAAGGAGAUGGAAAUAUGGGAUGAUUCUACAUUUUUCCCUCAAGUUCAGCUCUUUGAUGGAAUUCAUACCGAGAACCCAAAGAUUAAAAAGGAGCUUGAUGCGGAUAGUGAUGAUGCUACAUCUGAGGAGGUUAAGUUUUGUAAAAUAGAACGCGGUCCAGGGCAUACUUUAAAGAGCUUUAAAAGCUUCGCAGAUUCAUACAAGAAGAGUCAUUUUAGCAUGAAGGAUGAGGUUUUGGGUUCCAAGAACCCAUCUCCAUCACCACAACUAGAGGAGCUAACUGUGGCAGACGUUGAAAAAGAGUAUAGACAACUUGUUGAGAGUCCACUUGUUGAAAUUGGGGUGCUUUAUGGCAAUGAUAUAGACACCUCAACGUUUGGCAGUGGAUUUCCUUUAUCUGAACCAUCUGAAUCUUGCAAGUACAGUACAUCAGGUUGGAAUCUGAACAAUACGCCUAAGCUUCCUGGUUCUCUUCUUUCAUUGGAAGACUGCGAAUCAAUCUGUGUUCCUCGCCUAAGUGUGGGAAUGUGCUUGUCUUCCCAGUUCUGGAAAUCUGAGAAGGAGAGACUCUACUCUCUCUGCUAUUUGCAUGAGGGCGCUCCUAGGGUGUGGUACUCGGUAGCGGGAUGCCAUCAAUCUAAGUUCCAGGCUACCAUGAAGAACUUAAUCCCUGAGAUGUCAGGAGAACAGCCAAAGAAGAGUUUCGAUCCUGUGAUGAUAAUGUCUCCAUAUCAAUUGAGCAUGGAGGGUAUACCAGUGACCCGCUGUGUCCAGAACCCUGGCCAGUAUGUUAUUUUAUUUCCUGGGUCGUAUUACUCUGCCUUUGAUUGUGGCUUCAACUGUUUGGAGAAAGCAAAUUUUGCUCCCCUUGAUUGGUUGCCCCAUGGGAACAUUGCUGUUCGGCUGAAUGAAGAGAAGAGUAAAAAAUCGUUAAUAUCAUAUGAUAAACUAUUGUUAAGUGCUUCAAGGGAAGCUGUGAAAUACCUUAAGGAAUAUGCUUUGUCCAAGAAAAAUCCAGCAUGUUACGCGAGGUGGAAUGAUUCAUGUGGGAAGGAGGGGGUAUUCUCCAACAUUGUCAAGUCACGGGUCAGGGAAGAGACACGCAGACGUGAAUUCCUUAGCGGUUCACUAGAAUCGCAAAGGAUGGACAAAAGUUAUGAUGCUGUGAGCAAAAGGGAAUGUUGUGUAUGUCUGGGGGAUUUAUAUCUUUCCGCUGUCAAAUGUUCAUGCUCUGCUGAUCGUUACUCGUGUCUGAGCCACAUGAGGAAGCUCUGUGCCUGUCCAUUUGACAGAAAGAGUUUUCUCUAUAGAUACACUGUCGAUGAGUUGAAUAUUCUCGUAGAGGCGUUGGAAGGUAAAAAGCUCAGCUCCAUGUUCAGAUGGACAGGCAUAGAGCAAAGAUACUGUGCUUAUCCGGCCGCCACCACAAGAAGUUCACAACCCGAAGAAGCAAAAGGCAAGGAAACAGAUGAGGUUACACGCUGUAACAUCACGAGGAAAGACGUCGCAGCUGGGACCAGAGAGCCGACAAGAGGGAAGGCGAGAUCUAUGGCCGAGAUACUGAAGGUUAAAAAGGGGAGCAAUGAUGCAAUGGAGCCUUUGAAAUCUUGUUCAAAGAAAUCAAAGAGGCCAUGUGAUGAUGAUUCCUCUGAUGUCGACACAACGAAGAAACAGAAGCAGGGAUGAAUACAUAAAGAAUGUUUUGCUGUUCUGUAGUUUUUAGUCACAUUUUGCCGUAAGACAGUAGUAAAAACACCUUUUUAUGUUGAACACAACAAAAACAGAGUCUUGCUGCUUGCAGUGACUACUGGAGUGAGACGAAACAAUUGGUCUCACUAAUAUUUUAAUAAAAAUAUUAAAAUCGAAAA